CUAGGUGGAGUUCCGCUAGGGGAAACAGCCGCAGGCCGUGGUUAUGAUUGCGGAAGCGCGGGAGGCUUUCUCCGUCCGUCCCGUUCCCCCCUCGCCUCCCCUUGCUACCGCCCUCUUUUUGCUCUUCUGGCCAAGUACGAGAUACGGGCGCGCCCCGAGCGAGACGUGCAGAAAAUGAGGGUCGUUGGGGCCCGGCUCGUCCUUGCGCUUUUAGGCUGGACCCACAGCAGCGGGUUUACCGCGGUGGAACCGCAGACGGAAGUUCCUCCUCCAAAAGAUGUUACUGUAAAAUCAUAUAACGACAACAUCUCUGUAUGGUGGGAUUAUGAAAGUCCAUCCUCAAAGUCUCUAUUUACCGUGCAGUUCAAGUGCUAUAGCACUGGUGAUUACAAGGAAGUUGAUAGUUGCAUAAACAUAACGCAACACUAUUGUGACCUCACCAAGAAGACUGAUCAGUGUGAAACUUUCUGGGUGGGAGUAAAAGCUCUUUCUGGACAACACGAAUCUAAAUAUAAAGAACAAAAAUUUGAUGUUCUCAGGGAUGGUCAAAUGGGACCUCCAAAGUUCAAUAUUUCCAUUGAUAAUCACGACAUUGUAGUUAAUCUUGAACCACCUUUCAAUCUAUAUGAUGACCUAAUUGAAGAGUUCAGCUACAGAGUGUUCCUUUGGAAAAAUGGAAGCCCAGAAGAGCGACAAAAGUUUAUCUCAGAGGAUUGCUUUCUUGAGCCAUGCACUUUACAUUUAGCUGUUUCUUCGGAUUCCUCUUAUUGUAUUUCCACUCAAGUCUUUUCAUUAGUGAUGUCAAAGGCUGGUGAAGAAUCAGAAGAAAAAUGUAUCUCUCCUUCUCCCAAGAACCGCCCAGGCUUAACAGUAUUGAUAAGUAUCGGAACUGUUCUCUUGGUUUUUCUGGUAAUCUUUCUUGCCAUUGUCUUCAAAAAACUUCAAGACAGAAAAAUUAAGCUUCCCAAAUCUCUGGUUGCUGUGGUAAGAAACCAAGUCGUCAGUGCCGAAUUUAAGCCAGAAUGCAAAUAUGACAUUAUAUCUUCAACAUCCUACAAGCCAAUGUUAGAGUGCAAAAAUGAAAAAUCAGAGAAAUUAGAUGUCUCUGAGAAGGUAAAAACCACUAAUCCCAGUGAUUAUGGCAAAGAAGCAGAUGCUGAUGACUCCCAAGGAAUUCAAGGAGAAAGGAGCACCCAAGAGAACAUGGCUGCAGAAAUUCCUGAAAAUGAACAGAUUCAUGAAGACAGUAUCACAGGUUACUCUAAAUCUGUCACUGCCCAAGACACAUGUAGCAGUCUUCAAAAUCAGGAUCUUCCCACAGCAGAUGUCCAACAAAGCACAGUCCUAGGAAGCUUGAUAAAGGCAUCUGGGUAUGACAAACCCCACUGGGUUGGCUCAAGCUCUAGAGAUGAAUUCUGACUACCCUUCAGAAAUUGGGAAAACCAUUUUUCCUGUAAAAGAGCAUUAUCAGAAAUGUCGUCAGAAGUGUCCAUGGCCAUGCUUGGGAGCACUUUAAUCCUCACAAUACAGUGAGACUUCAUACAGCCUUAUGAUAGGAAACCUGAGAUGAGCUAAGCUGAAGCUGUGGUCCUGUACGUACUUGGUAAAAAAUGCCUCAUUGCAUUCUCUUCAUUCUGAAUAGAUGUUCAUAAGGUUCUAAUACAAUGAUUUCAUGAU